GGAGGAAUAUGGCGAAGGUCCUCGCUCGUUUCCUGGGCAGCCGGGCGAGAUCUUUGCCUGCAGCCUUUAGAUUCGAAGGGUUAUGGGGCUUGAGACCUUACCAUGGCUUGAGUAUGAGUUGCUUGACGAAUAAAUCCCAAGAGAAAGCAAAAUUAAGUUAUGAAGGGUACAGUAUACCAGCGCUGAUUGCCAAGCACUCCCUGCCAGUAGUGACGAUGUGUACCUUAUCUCAUCUUAUUUGUUGGAAUUGUCAGGAGGAGUUUACUUCAUAUUCUCCAGUCUGUAGUUUCUGUAAGUCUUUACAGCCUUCCAACUCAAAAAUGAACUACUUUGAUGUAAUGAGAGUAGAGAAAAGGUUUGGCAUGGAGACCAAGCAGUUAACCAAGACUUUUAGAUUAUUACAAGCUCAGUUUCAUCCGGACAGAUUCACCUUAAAAUCAGAGAGAGAACAGCAGUAUGCAGCUGAUCAUUCUUCACAAAUUAACAAAGCAUAUCGAUGUUUGUUGCAUCCAGUUGAACGUGCCUUGUAUUUGCUUGAACUUGCUGGUCAGCCUUUGCAUGAAGGACAGAUAGACAUGGAUCCUGAAUUCCUUAUGGAAAUUAUGGAAGUAAAUGAAGAAUUAGCAGAAGCUGAUGACAAAGAAACUGUUCAAGAAAUUGGACAGAAAAACCAAAGGAUCUUAGACAGUUUGUUACAGGAAGCAGAUACAGCAUUUUCAAAUGAAGAUAUAAACACUGCAAGACAAGUAGUAGCCAAGAUAAAGUAUUACAAUAACAUAUAUGAAAAAGUACGGGACUAUGAAAGAAGCCAUGGAAUAAUUGAUUAAAAUUGUAAAAUUAGUAAAAAUUCUCAUAGAAACUUGGUACCUCAAGCUUUAAUGUAUUUUCUUUUAUGAAGCUAAAUGUAUAUAAGUGUAUAAUAUAAAUAGAUGUAAUAUAAUGAACAUUUCUUUAGCUUUUUAAAUAAAAGUUGAUGAUUUA